AUGAGCUCCGUCCCCCUGUCCCAGCCUCUGAUGCAGCAGGCCACCGAUCGGCUCCUUCCUUUGGGCAUAUGGGAGGGGGGUUGGAGUUGGGAAUUUACACACAGAGCAGGCAGAAUAGAGCUGCUGAGGGAGAGGCAGGAGUUGCUCCCCUCACCCUGCAUCCUCAGCCUGGCUUUCACGCUUCCUCCUGGGAGCAAACUCUUAUCUUCGCCCAUUCCCGUAGUGUGUGGAUAAAAGCUUUCCAUUGCACCGUGUGUGGACUGUCUGCUAGCAGUGGAAUUGAGGUGUUCAGGCAAGCAGGACAGGAGCACGGAGUGUGCCCGGCUUAUACAGUACUAAUGACCGUAAACUGAGUACAUUAGCUACAGGAAGGACUCUGCUCUUUCAUUCAUUUCUUUCCACCCCAUGCUUUAUUUGGUGCUGAGAUGCCCGAAGUCAAUUACUUGUUUUUUGUGUCGAGGAUGUACAUUCAGGUAAGAUGGGCUGGGAUGGGAUGCACGUGUUGCUCGGUGAAUUAAUGUGUAGUACAGGUGUCCUUGUUUGCAGAGUUCUUUGCAGUUAGUUGGGAAGUGAUGCUGUCUUUGCAGCAUGUGUGUGUGGGUAUGUGUAUGUGUGUGUGUGUGUGUGUGUGUGUGUGUAUCCAGGAAUGCAUGAGCGUAUGAGUGAGUCCAUGAAGUCCAUUCAUGUAUGUGCAUGCAGAUGUGUCCAUUCAUCUUUGUGUGCAAGAAGUAUGUGUACGUGUGUCACAUAUGGGUGAUUCUACAGAAGUGGUGCAGAUUGCAGUCCCAUCCCAAAAACGCUAUUUAAAAAAACAGUCUCCAAACAUUUAUUUACAUCAUGAUAUGUUCUAAUUUUAUCCAAGGCAAUAGCAAACAUAUUGUUAAAUUAAUACAGUACAAAGGCAUUGUUUAUACUCUAUAUGUCUACCUGACAUAUGUCGGAAGACGUGUGCUGAAAGUUUGGGAAAAAUAGUAUACAAAUGGGAAUUUUUUCCAACCCCCAAUUUGCACCACUUCUGUAGAAUGACCCAUAUAAAGUGAGCUACAAAAGUAUUGGGACAGUGACAAUUUUGUUGUUGUUUUUGCUCUGUACUCCAGCACUUUGGAUUUGAAAUGAUACAAUGACUAUGAAGUUAAAGUGAAAACUGUCAGCUUUAAUUUGAGGGUAUUUUCGUCCAUAUCGGGUGAACUGUUUAGAAAUUACAGCACUUUUUGUACAUAGUCCCUCCAUUUUAGGGGACCAAAGGUAUUGGGACAAAUUCACUUAAAUGCGUAUUAAAGUAGUCAAAAGUAUGCCCAAUAGAAAUGAAUGGUAAAUAAUGAAUUGUGUCAUUUUGGAUUCAUUUUAAUUGUAAAUAAGAAUAUUUUGAACACUUCUACAUUAAUGUGGACGCUACCAUGAUUACAGAUAGUCCUGAAUGAAUCGUGAAUAAAGAUGAGUGAGAAUGUUACAGAUGCACAAAUAUCAUACUCCCCCCCCCCCCCCCCCCAAAAAAAAAAUGCUAACCUCCCCUGUUAUUGUAAUGGUAAGAGCAUGUCUUGGGGGUAUGAUAUUUGUGAGUCUGUAACUUUCUCACUCAUCAUGGAAGCAUCCAUAUUAGUGUAGAAGUGUUUAGAAACAUAUUCUAAUCUUAUUUGCAAUAAAAGUGACUCCAAAAUGACACAAUACAAAAUGGGGGGACUAUGUACAGCGCCUUGCAAAAGUAUUCAUCCCCCUUGGCGUUUUUCCAAUUUUGUUGCAUUACAACCUGUAAUUUAAAUUGAUUUUUAUUUGGAUUUCAUGUAAUGGACAUACACAAAAUAGUCAAAAUUGGUGAAGUGAAAUGAAAAUCCUAAAACAAAAAUAGCGGAAAAGUGGUGCGUGCAAGUGGUGCGUGCAUAUGUAUUCACCUUACCUAUGAAGCCCCUAAAUAAGAUCUGGUGCAGCCAAUUACCUUCAGAAGUCACAUAAUUAGUUAAAUAAAGUCCACCUGUGUGCAAUCUAAGUGUCACAUGAUCUGUCACAUGAUCUCAGUAUAUAUACACCUGUUCUGAAAGGCCCCAGAGUCUGCAACACCACUAAGCAAGGGGCACCACCAAGCAAGCAGCACCAUGAAGACCAAGAAGCUCUCCAAACAGGUCAGGGACAAAGUUGUGGAGAAGUACAGAUCAGGGUUGGGUUAUAAAAAAAUAUCCAAAACUUUGAGCACCAUUAAAUCCAUUAUAAAAAAAUUGAAAGAAUAUGGCACCACAACAAACCUGCCAAGAGAGGGCCACCCACCAAAACUCACAGACCAGGCAAGGAGGGCAUUAAUCAGAGAGGCAACAAAGAGACCAAAGAUAACCCUGAAGGAGCUGCAAAGCUCCACAGCGGAGAUUGGAGUAUCUGUCCAUAGAACCACUUUAAGCCAUACACUCUUCAGAACUGGGCUUUACGGAAGAGUAGCCAGAAAAAAAACAUUGCUUAAAGAAAAAAAUAAGCAAACACGUUUGGUGUUCGCCAAAAGGCAUGUGGGAGACUCCCCAAAAAUAUGGAGGAAUGUACUUUGGUCAGAUUGAGCUUUUUGGCCAUCAAGGAAAACACUAUGUCUGGAGCAAACCCAACACCUCUCAUCCCCCCGAGAACACCAUCCCCACAGUGAAGCAUGGUGAUGGCAGCAUCAUGCUGUGGGGAUGUUUUUCCAUCGGCAGGGACUGGGAAACUGGUCAGAAUUGAAGGAAUGAUGGAUGGCGCUAAAUACAGGGAAAUUCUUGAGGGAAACCUGUUUCAGUCUUCCAGAGAUUUGAGACUGGGACGGAGGUUCACCUUCCUGCAGGACAAUGACCCUAAGCAUACCGCAUAGUUAUGCACGCUCAAGUUUUCAGUUUAUUUGUCUUAUUUCUAGUUUUUUCACAAAAAUAAAUAUUUUGCAUCUUCAAAGUGGUAGGCAUGUUGUGUAAAUGAAAUUAUACAAACCCCCCAAAAAUCAUUUUUAAUUCCAGGUUGUAAGGCAACAAAAUAGGAAAAAUGCCAAGGGGGGUGAAUACUUUUGCAAGCCACUGUAAACAAAAAGUGCUGUAAUUUCUAAACGGUUUACCCGAUAUGGAUGAAAAUACCCUCAAAUUAACAGCAUAGUCAUUGUAUCCUUUCAAAUCCAGAGUACAGAGUCAAAAGAACAAAAAUGCGUCACUGUCCCAAUACUUUUGGAGCUCACUGUCAUUCUGGCGCCGACGAAGAUGACGGCCUCGCGACUAGCUCUUAGGAAACGUAUUAUUUUUUUAAAUAUAUAUAUUUUUUACAUUAUUAGCUCAGAAACUGUUUUGUAUCAUUACAUACAGCCGGGGAAAACUAUUGGAUAUCAGAGCGGUGGUAACUCACCAGCAUUACGACCAGGAAUACAACUUUCCCGAAGCAGAUCCUUUGUUUGCUCUCCCCAGGGCAACUGAACUGAUUUAGCGGCUGACCCAAAACAUCGCCGGCGGAGGAGAGGCACUCGGAGCGGCCUGCUUCCAAGUAUACUACUCUACAUUUUCUCUACCUUACCUGUCACCCUAGACCCACUUCAAUUUGCUUACCGCCCCAAUAGGUCCACAGACGAUGCAAUCGCCAUCACACUGCACACUGCCCUAUCCCAUCUGGACAAGAGGAAUAACUAUGUAAGAAUGCUGUUCAUUGACUAUAGCUCAGCAUUCAACACCAUAGUACCCUCCAAGCUCAUCAUUAAGUUUGAGGCCCUGGGUCUGAACCCCGCCCUGUGCAACUGGGUCCUGGACUUCCUGAAAGGCCGCCCCCAGGUGGUGAAGGUAGGAAACAACAUCUCCACUUCGCUGAUCCUCAACACUGGGGCCCCACAAGGUUGCAUGCUCAGCCCCCUCCUGUACUCCCUGUUCACCCAUGACUGCGUGGCCAAGCACGCCUCCAACUCAUUAAGUUUGCAGACGACACAACAGUAGUAGGCAUGAUUACCAACAAUGACGAGACCGCCUACAGGGAGGAGGUGAGGGCUCUGGGAGUGUGGUGCCAGGAAAAUAACCUCUCACUCAACGUCAACAAAACAAAGGAGAUGAUCGUGGACUUCAGGAAACAGCAAAGGGUGCACCCCCCAUCCACAUCGACGGGACCGCAGUGAAGAAGGUGGAAAGCUUCAAGUUCCUUGGCGUACACAUCACCGACAAACUGAAAUGGUCCACCCACGCAGACAGUGUGGUGAAGAAGGCGCAAAAGAGCCUCUUCAACCUCAGGAGGCUGAAGAAAUUCGGCUUGGCACCUAAACUCCUCACAAACUUUUACAGAUGCACAAUUGAGAGCAUCCUGUCGGGCUGUAUCACCGCCUGGUACGGCAACUUCACCGCACACAACCGCAGGGCUCUCCAGAGGGUGGUGCGGUCUGCCGAACGCAUUACCGGGGGCAAACUACCCACUCUCCAAGACACAUACAGCACCCGAUGUCACAGGAAGGCCAAAAAGAUAAACAAGGACAUCAACCACCUGAGCCACUGCCUGUUCACCCCGCUAACAUCCAGAAGGCGAGGUCUGUACAGGUGCAUCAAAGCUGGGACCGAGAGAAUGAAAAACAGCUUCUAUCUCAAGGACAUCAGACUGUUAAAUAGCCAUCACUAUCACAUUAGAGGCUGCUGCUGCCUAUUGAAAUCACUGGCCACUUUAAGAAAUGGAACACUAGUCACUUUAAUAAUGUUUACAUAUCUUGCACUACUCAUCUCAUAUGUAUAUACUGUAUUCUAUUCUAUAAUAUUUUACUGUAUCUUAGUCCAUGCCGCUCUGUCAUUGCUUGUCCAUAUAUGUAUAUAUUCUUAAAUUCCAUUCCUUACUAGUGCAUUGGGUAUAUGUUGUGAAAUUGUUAGUUAUUACUUGUUAGAUAUUACUGCACUGUCGGAGCUACAAGCACAAGCAUUUCGCUAAACACCCGCUAUAACAUCUGCUAAACACGUGUAUGUGACAAAUACAAUUUGAUUUGAUUUGAUUUGAUAUACAAUACCGGUCAAAAGUUUGGACACAUCUACUCAUUCCAGGGUUUUUCUUUAUUUUUAAUAUUUUCUACAUUGUAGAAUAAUAGUGAAGACAUCAAAACUAUGAAAUAACACGUAUGGAAUCAUGUAGUAACCAAAAAAGUGUUAAACAAAUCAAAAUCUAUUUUAUAUUUUAGAUUCUUCAAAGUAGCCACCCUUUGCCUUGAUGACAGCUUUGCACACUCUUGGCAUUCUGUCCACCAGCUUCACCUGGAAUGCUUUUCCAAAAGUAUUGAAGGUUUUCCCACAUAUGCUGAGCACUUGUUGGCUGCUUAUCCUUCACUCUGCGGUCCAACUCAUCCCAAACCAUCUCAAUUGGGUUGAGGUCGGGUGAUUGUGGAGGCCAGGUCAUCUGAUGCAGCACUCAAUCACUCUCCUACUUAGUCAAAUAGCCCUUAAACAGCUUAGAGGUGUGUUGGGUCAUUGUCCUGUUGAAAACAGAUUAUAGUCCCACUAAGCGCAAACCAGAUGGGAUGGCGUAUCGCUGCAGAAUGCUGUGGUAGCCAUGCUGGUUAAGUGUGCCUUGAAUUCUAAAUUAAUCACUGACAGUGUCACCAGCAAAGCACCAUCACACCUCCUCCUCCAUGCUUCACGGUGGGAACCACACAUGCAGAGAUCAUCCGUUCACCUACUCUGCGUCUCACAAAGACACAGCAUUUGGAACCAAAAAUCUCAAAUAUGGACAGAUUUCCACCAGUCUAAUGUCCAUUUCUCAUGUUUCUUGGCCCAAGCAAGUCUCUUCUUCUUAUUGGUGUCCUUUAGUAGUGGUUUCUUUGCAGUAAUUUCGACCAUGAAGGCCUGAUUCACACAGUCUCCUCUGAACAGUUGAUGUUGAGAUGUGUCUGUUACUUGAACUCUGUGAAGCAUUUAUUUGGGCUGCAAUUUCUGAGGCUGGUAACUCUAAUGAACUUAUCCUCUGCAGCAGAGGUAACUCUGGGUCUUCCUUUCCUGUGGCAGUCCUCAUGAGAGCCAGUUUCAUCAUAGCGCUUGAUGGUUUUUGCGACUGAACUUGAAGAAACUUUCAAAAUUCUUGAAAUGUUCUGGAUUGACUGACGUUCAUGUCUUAAAGUAAUGAUUGACUGUCGUGUCUCUUUGCUUAGUUGAGCUGUUCUUGCCAUAAUAUGGACUAAGUCUUUUACCAAAUAGGGCUAUCUUCUGUAUUCCACCCCUACCCUGUCACAACACUGAUUGACUCAAACGCAUUAAGAAGGAAAGAAAUUCCACAAAUUCAACUUUUAACAAGGCACACCUGUUAAUUGAAAUGCAUUCCAGGUGACUACCUCAUGAAGCUGGUUGAGAAAAUGCCAUGAGUGUGCAAAGCUGUCAUCAAGGCAAAGGGUGGGUACUUUGAAGAAUUUAAAAUAUAAAAUAUAUUUAGAUUUGUUUAACACUUUUUUUGGUUACUACAUGAUUCCAUAUGUGUUAUUUCAUAGUUUUGAUGUCUUCACUAUUAUUCUACAAUGUAGCAAAUAGUAAAAAUCAAGAAAAACCCUGGAUUGAGUAGGUAUGUCCAAACUUUUGACCGGUACUGUAUAUCUGUGUGUGUAUGUGUGGGUAUGCGUCUUCAGAGCAGACUGUUGAUGUUUCAGAGAGGGGGAUAUCUAUUAUCCUUGUGUAUGAUGAUUAUAUAAUACAUCAUUGUAUCAUCUUCUGCACAUAUGAAGGAAGAGUUCUCUACUCAGCCUCCUUUGCAAGCUCCUCCUAAUGCCGAUAUUCUAGCCAGCCUGUACUCUAGCCACUAUGAGUGAAGCACAGGAAACAAUACUAUCGGUGCAACUCAGUGUUGUAAAUUGUCUUAUGGUGCAUCCAUAUGCACACACUCUCAUUCUUGUCAUUUUGCAUUGCUUUAGUCUCACUUGACCCUCUGUUUACACUCCAGAUAUGAGAUACAGUAGUGUGCUCAUAGUAGAGCUAGAUGAUGACUGGCAGUCCGGAGUACCAAUCAAGACUGUUUACGCUUGCUGAGCAACCUAGAGAAACUAGAUCUCCUACAUACUGAGGUGCAUUCAGUUCGCUUGAAUGUUUGCUACGUUGCGGAACGGUUUGUACGUUUCCCCAAAAUGUUAUUGAAUAGACUUUGAGGUAUAAAAAGUAUGUGGACACCUGCUCAUCGAACAUCUCAUUCCAAAAUCAUGGGCAUUAAUAUGGAGUUGGUCCCCCCUUUGCUGCUGUAACAGCCUCCACUCUUCUGGGAAGGCUUUCCACUGUUGGAAGAGCAUUAGUGAGGUCGGGCACUGAUGUUGGGCGAUUAGGCCUGGCUCGCAGUCGCCGUUCCAAUUCAUCCCGUUUGAUGGGGUUGAGGUCAGGGUGCUGUGCAGGUCAGUCAAGUUCUUCCACAUCGAUCUCGACAAACCAUUUCUCUAUGGACCUUGUUUUGUGCACGGGGGCAUUGUCAUGCUGAAACAGGAAAGUGCCUUCCCCAAACUGUUGCCACAAAAUUGGAAGCAUAGAAUCGUCUAGAAUGUCAUUGUAUGCUGUAGCGUUAAGAUUUCCCUUCACUGGAACUAAAGUGGCCUAGCCCGAACCAUGAAAAACAGUCCCAGACCAUUAUUCCUCCUCCACCAAACUUUACAGUUGGCACUAUGCAUUCGGGCAAGUAGCGUUCUCCUGGCAUCCGCCAAACCCAGAUGGUGAAGCGUUAUUCAUCACUCCAAAGAAUUUGUUUCCACUGCUCUAGAGUCCAAUGAAGGCGAGCUAAACACCACUCCAGCCGGUGCUUGGCAUUGCACAUGGUCAUCUUAGGCUUGUGGCAGCUCGGCCAUGGAAACCCAUUUCAUGAAGCUCCCGACGAACAGUUCUUGUGCUGACUUUGCUUCCAGAGGCAGUUUGGAACUCGGUAGUGAGUGUUGCAACCGAGGACAGACGAUUUUUACACGCUAUGCGAUUCAGCACUCGCCGGUCCCGUUCUGUGAGCUUGUGUGGCUUACCACUUCGCGGCUGAGCCGUUGUUGCUCCUAGACAUUUCCACUUCACAAUAACAGCACUUACAGUUGACCGGGGCAGCUCUAGCAGGGCAGAAAUUUGACGAAUUGACUUGUUGGAAAGGUGGCAUCCUAUAACGGUGUCACGUUGAAAGUCACUGAGCUCUUCAGUAAGGCCAGUCUACUGCCACAGUUUGUCUGUGGAGAUUGCAUGGCUAUGUGCUCAAUCUUAUCCACCUUUCAGCAACAGUGUGGCUGAAAUAGCCGAAUCUACUAAUUUGAAGGGGUGUCCACAUACUUUUGUAUAUAUAGUGUAUAUUUAUAGAGAAGAGGACCCUGCAUCUCAGAAAGACAAUGCUGUUAUUCUCAUCCACUUCAGUAGAAAAGUUUCAAUGCCAGCUACAUAGUCUUGCAGAAGGACAGACUCAGAAAAGGUUACUACUGUAUGUGAAGUGCUAUUAUUGCACUACAGGGUUCCAAAAGGGUUCUUUGGGUGUCCCCAUAGGAUAAUCCUUUUUGGUUCCAGGUAGAACCCUCUGUGGAAGGAGUUCUUAUGGAACCAAAAAGGGUUCUUCAAAGGGUUCUCCUAUGGGGAAAGCCGGACAACAAUUUUAGGUUCUAGAUACCACCUUUUUUAUAAGAGUGUAUUAUUUCAGCUAUCUUUGGACAGCAAUUGACCAGAAUAAAGAUGCUGUGAACACAUAAUUUACUGCAUACUACUAAAUGUCUCACAGUGUACAUGUGCCUAUCAUGUGUAUGCCCACUGUCUAUAGUAGAAAGUAUAUUGUUACAGUCAGAGUGAUGCAGUGUGUUGUUGUUGUUUGUCUCCCCAGUUCAAGAGGAUGCUGAACAGAGAGCUCACUCAGCUAUCAGAGACCAGCAGAUCAGGGAACCAGGUGUCCGAGUUCAUCUCCAGCACCUUCCUCGGUACCUCUCUCUCUCUCUCUCUCUCUCUCUCUCUCUCUCUCUCUCUCUCUCUCUCUCUCUCACUCUCUCUCUCUCUUGCUCUCUCCUGACUGACUUACUGUGUUAAUAGAGACCUGUAAUGUGAACCUAAUAGUUACUAAUGUGACAUGUGACAUAGUGACAUGUCAUUACACCAAUACAAUAUAAUUCCAUGUAACUACAUGAUAUCCGUGCAACUUCAACUCAAUGUAAAGUGUCACCAGGCCUAGUUUCAAUAGACAACCAUUUCUGUGUAAUGUCAAUGUGUAAUAAUCCUCUCUGUCUGUCUGUACCACAGAAAAGCAACAUGACAUGGAGAUCAUGUCUCCGCCCACCAAGGAGAAGAAGGAGAAGAUGGACAAGAAGAAGCGCCCCAUGUCUCAGAUUGUGGGCGUGAAGAAGCCUAUCCUCAUCCCCAGUGUGGCCCCCUCCAGCAUCCCCCGCUUCGGGGUCCCUUCCAGUCAGGAGACCCUCCUUGCCAAAGUAGUCUACACAACCCUUCUUUUCUGAUGAUAUAACUAGAACCUACCUCACUUUUAAGGUUCUGUUCUGUCACAAGUUUAGUCACUUUUAGGAUCUAAUAGUCCCCUGCAUGUUUUAGGGUUAAAGGAUCUGGUGUUUUUUCUAACUGAAAUGUUUUUCCAUCUGGCAGGAGUUGGAAGAUAUAAACCGAUGGGGCAUGGAUAAUUUCAAAAUAUCGGAAUAUUCUGGGAAUCGUCCACUGACGGUGGCGAUGUAUUCCAUUUUCCAGGUAUGUCAUCCUUCUGCAUCCACAAAGAUACUGUUUGGGAAACUUAGAUGAUGUUACUGUUGUCUUGAAGGAUAAAAAGUGUGUUUCUUAUGAUGAAAAUGAAGUUUCUCUAAAUAAAGGGAUCUCUAAUAAAGUAGUCUCUCUCUAAUAAUGUAAAUUUAGUUUUUUCCCCCCUUCUACGUUUCCUCCAUAGGAGCGAGAGCUGCUGAAGUCCUUCAAGAUCCCUGCAGACACCUUCAUCACCUUCAUGAUGACCCUGGAGGACCACUACCACCACGACGUGGCCUACCACAACAACAUCCACGCUGCAGACGUGGUCCAGUCCACCCACGUCCUUCUCUCCACCCCCGCCCUGGAGGUACGUCAAUACAAUACAACUUUUUAGUUCAUUUUUUUUACAAUAUAUUUGUAUUACAAAUAUCAAUGUCCCCUGUUGUUGUUACAUCUAUGCAUGAGUACAACACACAUUCUCACACACAUACAGUAUUUACCUGCAUUAACAUUCAUGUGUUUCUCUCAUCUCUGCAGGCUGUGUUCACUGACUUGGAGAUCCUGGCUGCUCUGUUUGCCAGUGCUAUACAUGAUGUGGACCACCCGGGGGUGUCCAACCAAUUCCUCAUCAACACCAGUGAGUUCAUAUGGGGCCCUAGGAUGGAGAUGUUUCAAAUCUUGGAAUCCUUUGUGGUUUUGUGUCCACAUUAAAUCAAUUCACGGGCCGCAUCUGGCCCACAGUCCGCCAGUUUGAGACCCCUGUGUCACACCUUGGCCUUAGUUAUCUUUGUUUUCAUUCAUAUUUUAGUUAGGUCAGGGUGUGACAUGGUGAAGUAUGUGUUUUGGUUUGUCUAGGGGUUUGUAGGUUUAUGGGGUAAUGUCUUGUCUAGGUGUUUGUAUGUUGAUGGCUGCCUAGAUUGGUUCUCAAUUGGAGACAGCUGUGGUUUAUUGUCUCUAAUUGGGAGCCAUAUUUAAGGCAGCCAUGGGCAUCAUGUGUUUGUGGGUAAUUGUCUAUAUUGAACGUUUGUUGCUUGUCUGUGCACUUACGUUAUUUAGCUUCACGGUCGUUUGUUGUUUUGUAAGUUUUGGAUAGUGUUCGGUUUCGUGUUUUUCUCUCUUCCAAAAUAAAGAGAUGUAUUUUGCACACGCUGCGCCUUGGUCCUCCUCUAUGCUUGACGAUCGUGACAGAAUUACCCACCAAUCUAGGACCAAGCGGCGUGUCAAGCGGCAACAGGACCCACCUACACAGGAUUCAUGGACAUGGGAGGAGAUACUGGAUGGAAAGGGUCCUUGGGCACAACCGGGAGAAGUUCGCCGCCCUCGUGAAGAGCUGGAGGCAGCUAAAGCCGAGAGGAGGCGAUAUGAGGAGGCAGCACGGAGGCAAGGCUGGAAGCCCGUGAGCACUAGCCAAAAAUUUCUUGGGGGGGGCCUUAAAGGGAGUGUGGCGAAGUCAGGUAGGAGACCUGCGCCUACUCCCUGUACUUACCGUGGAGAGCGAGAGUACGGGCAGACACCGUGUUACGCAGUAGAGCGCAUGGUGUCUCCUGUACGCGUGCAUAGCCCGGUUCGGUACAUUCCAGCUCCACGUAUCGGCCGGGCUAGAUUGAGCGUUGAGCCGGAUGUCAUGAAGCCGGCCCAACGCAUCUGGCCACCAGUGCGUCUCCUCGGGCCGGCUUACAUGGCACCAGCCUUACGCAUGGUGUCCCCGGUUCGCCUACAUAGCCCGGUGCGGGUUAUUCCACCUUCCCGUACUGGUCGGGCGACGGGGAGCAUACAACCAGGUAAGGUUGGGCAGGCUCAGUGCUCAAGGGAGCCAGUAAGCCUGCACGGUCCGGUAUUUCCGGCGCCACCUCCCCGCUCCAGCCCAGUACCACCAGUGCCUACACCACGCACCAAGCCUCCUGUGUGUCCCCGGAGUCAUGUGCGUCCUGUUGCUGCUCCCCGCACUAGCCCUGAGAUGCGUGUCCUCAGCCCGGGACCACCAGUUCCGGCACCACGCACUAGGCCUUAUGUGCGUCCCCAGGGUCCAGCAUGCCCUGUUCCUUCUCCCCGCACUAGACCUGAGAUGCGUGUCCUCAGCCCGGUACCUCCAGUUCCGGCACCACGCACCAGGCCUAUAGGGCGUCUCGCCCGGCCAGAGUCUGCCGUCUGCCUAAUGGCGCCUGAACUGCCCGUCUGCCCAACGCCGUCUGAACUGUCCGUCUGCCAAGCGCUGCAUGAACUGCCCGUCUGUACUGAGCCGGCUAAGCCGCCCGUCUGCCAUGAGCCUUCAGAGCCGUCCGCCAGACCGGAGCCGCUAAAACCUUCCGCCAGACAGGAGCCGCUAGAGCCUUCCGCCAGACAGGAUCAGCCAGAGCCUUCCGCCAGACAGGAUCAGCCAGAGCCUUCCGCCAGACAGGAUCAGCCAGAGCCUUCCGCCAGACAGGAUCAGCCAGAGCCUUCCGCCAGCCAUGAGCAGCCAGAUCCGUCAGCCAGCCAUGAGCAGCCAGAUCCGUCAGCCAGCCAUGAGCAGCCAGAUCCUUCAGCCAGCCAUGAGCAGCCAGAUCCGUCAGCCAGCCAUGAGCAGCCAGAUCCGUCAGCCAGCCAUGAGCAGCCAGAUCCGUCAGCCAGCCAUGAGCCGUCCAGCCAGGAUCCGCCAGAGCCGUCCAGCCAGGAUCCGCCAGAGCCGUCCAGCCAGGAUCCGCCAGAGCCGUCCAGCCAGGAUCCGCUAGAGCCGUCCAGCCGGGAUCCGCCAGAGCCGUCCAGCCAGGAUCCGCCAGCCAGCCAGGAUCCGCCAGAGCCAGCCAGCCAGGAUCCGCCAUUCAGUCCGGUGCUGCCCCUUAGUCCGGUGCUGCCCCUUAGCCUGGUGCUGCCCCUUAGUCCGGUGCUGCCCCUUAUCCUGGUGCUGCUCCUUAUCCUGGUGCUGCUCCUUAUCCUGGUGCUGCCCCUUAGUCCGGUGCUGCCCCUUAAUCCAGUGGGGUUAAGUUGGAGGGUGGUCAUUUGGAGGAGGCUACGUAAGCGGGUAGUGACUAUGGUGGGGUGGGGACCACGACCAGUGCCAGAGCCGCCACCGUGGACAGACGCCCACCCAGACCCUCCCCUAGACUUUAUGCUGGUCCGCCCGGAGUUCGCACCUUAAGGGGGGGGUUAUGUCACACCUUGGCCUUAGUUAUCUUUGUUUUCAUUCAUAUUUUAGUUAGGUCAGGGUGUGACAUGGUGAAGUAUGUGUUUUGGUUUGUCUAGGGGUUUGUAGGUUUAUGGGGUAAUGUCUUGUCUAGGUGUUUGUAUGUUGAUGGCUGCCUAGAUUGGUUCUCAAUUGGAGACAGCUGUGGUUUAUUGUCUCUAAUUGGGAGCCAUAUUUAAGGCAGCCAUGGGCAUCAUGUGUUUGUGGGUAAUUGUCUAUAUUGAACGUUUGUUGCUUGUCUGUGCACUUACGUUAUUUAGCUUCACGGUCGUUUGUUGUUUUGUAAGUUUUGGAUAGUGUUCGGUUUCGUGUUUUUCUCUCUUCCAAAAUAAAGAGAUGUAUUUUGCACACGCUGCGCCUUGGUCCUCCUCUAUGCUUGACGAUCGUGACACCCUGCUGUAGAAUAUCUAUCUUUGUGUGUGUGCGCUUAUAUCUGUCCAAAGCCUCUUACAAUUAACCCAUUCAUUCAUUGUAUGUGGCAUAUGCAGGAAUUGAACCCAAAACACUGGCCUAAACUGACAGCAUCAUGCUCCAACCAACUGAACCAUUGGGAACAUAUUACUGUCAUAUUACCGCACCUGCUCUCUCGACCUCUGAAUACUCAGAUAUGAAAAGCCAACUGACAUUUACUCCUGAGGUACUGACUUGUUGCACCCUCUAUAACCACUGUGAUUACUAUUUGACCCUUAUGGUCAUCUAUGAACUUUUGAACAUCUUGAAGAACGAUCUGGCCUUAAUGGCCACGUACUCUUAUAAUCUCAACCCUGCACAGCCAGAAAUGGACUGGCCACCCCUCGGAUCCUAGUUCCUCUCAAGGUUGUUUUAGUUUCCAUAUGUCUGCCAUUAAAGAAAGCAAAAAUAUGAAGAAAUGAAGAACUUUACACUUUGUCGGUGGCUGCGUAUUUAUUUGUAGCUACCUUCCGAGCUUUGGGAGAAAAAAUUGGACAGAUUUCAACUACAGUACUCAACCAAAUGUUUUAGUUUCCAUAUGUCUGCCAUUAAUUUUCUGGAUAACAUCAGUAGAGUAGGAGAUCCCUCUGAGUUUCAGACACGCUGUUCCUAUGUUUCUCUCCUGACCAGGUCCCGGUUUCCCAAAAGCAUCUCAAGGCUAAGUUCAACUUUUGGGAAACUGGGCCCAGAACACUUGUCUACAGUCUUGACAAUCCAAACACAACUGUUUACUACGGGUUUCUAAGCGUUUACUGUUACUGUACGCCUGUCCACCUUGCCAAUAAAGGAGUCUUCAUGCUUUUGACAUCAUUGAUGCUUAUUGGAAAUAAUGUUGACCAUGGAAUGCUGCAAUGAUAAGCAUGUUUUUUCCCCAAUGACACUGAAUUCAGAUUACAUUAUGGUUAUCUAAGUGUAUUUCAAUAGGAAAUUGUUGAAACAAUCAUUCUAAAUCAAAACAUAUUUAUGUUGAAUACAGUCAUACAAGAAAGGGAUAGAUGGCAAAAUAAUUGAAUCAGGAGCUAUCAGUGGGGUGAUGGGUUGGGCCCAAUUAUGUAUAUAAUGUAAACCCUAGAUUGCGGAUGCUAUGUAUUGGUCAUUGAGAGGCUUUGAAGCCACCGGUCGGCCAUAUUGGCACUCCCCAGUAGGAGCAGUCCUUCAUAGGAAUGAAUGGAAUUCUACAGUAUUUCAAUUAAAUGUUUCAAGGACAAAAUUACAUGUAUUUAAGUAUUUAGUUGUUGUAGUGGGGACAGUAACAUUAGUAGUUCUACUUUAACGAAAAUGUUUUAAUAUAUUUUUUCAUUUUUAGGUUUAGCUCACAUAAUAUAAUUUAAAAGUAUGCAUUAACGUGGAUGUAAUAUAAUAAAUGUGGCAAAAACGAAUGUAGACAUUAAUAAAUGCAUUUCUAUAGCUUCCAAAAUAUUUUUACACCGUUAGGGGAGUGCCAAGAUGGAGGCACGGUGGUGUCAACACAGCGCCGCCUUUAGCUAUCUAGUGUAUAUGUAAAUCAUUGGGUGGGCCUAGCCUCUGUCAAGUCCAAGGGGCCAGGGUUCCAGUCUAGAAGCACGGUUUCGACUGCUCCUACAGUUUAAAAUAUUGGAAUCCUUUGUGGUUUUGUGUCCACAUUAAAUCAAUUCACGGGCCGCAUCUGGCCCACAUUCCGCCAGUUUGAGACCCUUGCUGUAGAAUAUCUAUCUUUGUGUGUGUGCGUUUAUAUCUGUCUUUGUCUGUAUAACACUUAUCCAUCCUCUCCUGUGUGUCCGUCCAGACUCAGAGCUGGCCCUGAUGUACAAUGACGUGUCAGUCCUGGAGAACCACCACCUGGCUGUAGGCUUCAAGCUGCUGCAGGAAAACAACUGUGACAUCUUCCAGAACCUCAGCAAGAAACAGAGACAGUCCCUACGCAAGAUGGUCAUAGACAUGGUGUUAGCCACAGACAUGUCCAAACACAUGAACCUGCUGGCUGACCUGAAGACCAUGGUGGAGACCAAGAAGGUGACCAGCUCUGGAGUGCUGCUGCUGGACAACUACGGAGAUCGCAUCCAGGUUAGACUCAGAAAGAAUCAGAUUCAUUCUCUUAGCAGGGAAUCAUAUUCAGCAUAACUGAUGUGAAUUAGAUGAUAAUAUGGCCAUUUGCCUGACACUUUCAUCCAAAGACUCUUACAAUUAACCCAUUCAUUCAUUGUAUGUGGCAUAUGCAGGAAUUGAACCCAAAACACUGGCCUAAACUGACAGCAUCAUGCUCCAACCAACUGAACCAUUGGGAACAUAUUACUGUCAUAUUACCGCACCUGCUGUCUCGACCUCUGAAUGCUCAGAUAUGAAAAGCCAACUUACAUUUACUCCUGAGGUGCUGACUUGUUGCACCCUCUAUAACCACUGUGAUUACUAUUUGACCCUUAUGGUCAUCUAUGAACUUUUGAACAUUUUGAAGAACGAUCUGGCCUUAAUGGCCACGUACUCUUAUAAUCUCAACCCUGCACAGACAGAAAUGGACUGGCCACCCCUUGGAUCCUGGUUCCUCUCUAGGUUCCUCCCUUUCUAGGGAGUUUUUCCUAGCCAAUGUGCUUCUACAUCUGCAUUGCUUGCUCUUUGGGGUUUUAGGUUGGGUUUCUGUAUAAGCACUUUGUGACAACUGCUGAUGUAAAAAGAGCUUUAUAAAAUAGAUUUGAUUGAUUGACCGAUAUGAUUCUAUGGCCAUUUCAUUUCCUCGAUGCUCAAUAAGAACUGGUUUUGGUUCUCUCCAGGUCCUCCAGAACAUGGUUCACUGUGCUGACCUCAGUAACCCCACCAAGCCCCUGGAGCUGUACCGCCAGUGGACCGACCGCAUCAUGGUGGAGUUCUUCACCCAGGGGGACAGGGAGAGGGACAAGGGCAUGGAGAUCAGCCCCAUGUGUGACAAACACAACGCCUCCAUUGAGAAGAACCAGGUAUGGUUACUACACACACAUACACACACAAGCACAGAGACACAUACAGUAUACACACUAUGUACACAUGCAUAGAGACAUACACACACAUACACUGUCUGAACGGAAAAGUCUGCCUCUCUGACAAAUAUGUCAAUAAAUAUAUUCCUCUUCCCCUCCAGGUGGGCUUCAUAGACUACAUCGUCCACCCUCUAUGGGAGACGUGGGCCGACCUGGUCCAUCCCGACGCCCAAGAGAUCCUAGACACGCUGGAGGACAACCGCGAGUGGUAUCAGAGCAUGAUCCCCCACAGCCCCUCGCCCACCCCCGAGGCCCAGGACAAGGUGGGCCUGCCUGGGGGAGCCAUGGGGGCCGGAGGUGGAUCCUCCACCGGAGACAAAUUCCAGUUUGAGCUGACCCUAGAGGAGGAAGGCGAGUCCGACACAGAGAGCCCCCCGGAAGAGGAGGAGGGGUACAGUAGCACUGGGGGGGAGCCUUCUAGAACUGACCCGGACAGCAGACUCCAUUCCGUGUCUGCCACUGCUCACCCACACUAUCAGGGGCUUUCCAAAAUGGCCACCUCUGUCCUCAAUGUCGGUGGUAGGACUUUGUCCGCAGACUCUGAACCAGACAGGGAGGCUGCCGAAGACAGAGAACAUGACCAAGAAGGCAAUGCCGGUGUGAGGCGCUUCAGGCUAGGUACAUAA